AGUGUCGCCGUCAACGCACUCAAUUAUGCCAAAUCUGAUUACAGUGGAUGUGCACGAAAGUCUGAACGAAAGCAAAAGAUAAGAGGAUUCUGUCGUACGAAAUACUAAUUAGAAACUGUCUGUGCAAUUACAAUGAGUUCUGUAGAGGGAAACAAUUUUGGAGAUACAGAGACUGAGUUGUUCAAUGCAAGUAUAUUGGAGCGAUUAUCCUUAUCACAGGUUGAAGGUCUAUUAAUUAGACCUUUACAAUCUGGCGAUUAUGAUAGAGAUUUCCUUCAACUAUUAGCUCAAUUAACUGAAGUUGGAAAUAUUAGUAAAGAACAAUUUCUAAGACGUUUUUAUACAAUGAAAUGUACUAAUAGUUAUUACAUCAUUGUAAUAGAAGAUGUAAGCACUGGAAAAGUAAUAGCAAGCGCAACAUUGGUUGUGGAACAGAAAUUUAUUCACAACUGUGCCCUCAGGGGACGUUUGGAAGAUGUGGUGGUAAAUAAUAAAUACCGUGGGAAGCAAUUAGGAAAACUAGUAGUAAAAAUUAUAUUAGAACUAGCACAUUAUUUACAGUGUUACAAAUUGUCAUUAGACUGUAAAGAUUCCCUUAUAACGUUUUAUGAAAGUUUAGGAUUUAAACGUGAACCUAGCAAUGCCAAUUACCUCAACAUGAGAUUCCACAAUGAAAAUACUACAGAACAAUCCCAUUUAUGA